CUGUCUUCUCCUUAGCGUCAAUUGAUACAAACCAACGCUAAUCUAAAGCGUUACUCUGGGUUAUUUCAAUAGGAAUAGAAAUCGGCUUAAACGGCCAACUGUUUAUAGCUGGUUUUUGACCGGCUAAAACAUGCAGAAGUAUGAAAAAUUAGAGAAGAUCGGAGAGGGUACCUAUGGAACGGUGUUUAAGGCUAAAAACAGAGAGACGCAUGAGAUCGUGGCUCUGAAGAGGGUCAGACUGGAUGAUGAUGAUGAGGGGGUUCCCAGCUCAGCCUUGAGAGAAAUCUGCCUCCUGAAAGAGCUGAAGCAUAAAAACAUUGUGCGGCUUCACGACGUGCUGCACAGCGAUAAAAAGCUGACGUUGGUGUUUGAAUAUUGUGACCAGGAUCUGAAGAAAUAUUUCGACAGCUGCAACGGGGACCUGGAUCCAGAGACCGUGAAGUCAUUCAUGUACCAGCUACUGAAAGGACUUGCCUUCUGCCACAGCCGCAACGUUCUUCACCGAGACCUCAAGCCACAAAAUCUGCUCAUCAACAGAAACGGUGAACUGAAGUUGGCUGACUUUGGUUUGGCCCGAGCGUUUGGAAUUCCUGUGCGAUGUUACUCCGCAGAGGUGGUGACGUUGUGGUACAGGCCACCAGACGUGCUGUUUGGUGCCAAGCUGUACUCCACCUCAAUCGACAUGUGGUCAGCCGGAUGCAUAUUUGCAGAACUGGCCAACGCCGGCAGGCCGCUGUUCCCCGGAAACGACGUAGACGACCAGCUGAAACGGAUCUUUAGGUUACUGGGCACACCAACAGAGGAACAGUGGCAGACCAUGACCAAACUCCCUGAUUAUAAGCCGUAUCCGAUGUAUCCCGCGACGACGUCACUGGUGAACGUGGUCCCUAAACUCAGCAGCACUGGGCGGGAUUUACUACAGAACCUUCUGAAGUGUAAUCCGGUGCAGCGGAUAUCAGCCGAGGAGGCGCUUCAACACCCCUACUUUGCAGAUUUUUGUCCGCCCUAGUGCCCAAAUCUGUCUUUGAACACGGACCAACACGGUCGUACCUCACACACCCCAUCAAAAGUUCCUCAUCCCGCCCCACCUCACCCCACCGCGCAACGCUGCCCGUUUAGACACGACUUUACCAAUCACGAUCCCGUCGAUCGUGCCCAUAGGCAACAAUCUGUAUUUUUUUUAAAGCUUGCAUUAGCAAACGGUUAUUAAGGUCCCCGAUUACUAUUAAAUUCUUAUUUGCACUUACUAAACAGAAGGUGUGGAGAGGGUGAGGAGAGCGUUAGUCGUUCCUCAGUGUGUUUAGUAGAUUUUAAGUUCUACCGACUGCAUUCGGAGGAUCUAGAGAGUCAGUUUUGCGUCAUCGAGUCAAUCCACCGGUCACGUUAUUGCACAACUACAGAGGUAUCGACUGAUACUAUUUCUAUUUUAAAUGCAGGCUUUUAAAUGUAUAAUCUGUAUUUAAGCCUCCGUUCUAGUGCAGAGGACUCACGGGCGUGAUACGAGUAUCGGCGACGAGAAACAGUCCGGCGUGUCGUAUACAUCAUCAAGGACGUAUUUACAGCGUUAACAUGCUAACGAUUCCGCUGCACACGAUGUAUUCGCCUCAGCAACACACACACACGCAAAACAUACCCACGUCUAUCUAAAGCCUCACCAGUUAAGCGAGGUUUCCUCACACAGUCAGAAGCAUGUUUUGCGAACUAGACAUUCUCUUUAUCCGUUCAUUACGUAAUCAGAUCCAGACUGGGUCCCCCCCCCAAAAAAAAAAGAAAGAAGUCUAAUCAUAAAUAUUGAAUUCCUGCUACAUUAGUCUUAAUUUUUUGUUUUUACUUGUAAAGUCACUAGAAUGCACAUAUUUAUUUGUUUCUGAAUGUUUUAGUAUACAGACUUUUUUUUAAAUUUUUUUUAAGAAAACAGCAAAAGAGGGUUAUUCCGGAGUGAACAUGUCCUGGUUUAUUUCAGAGGAAAGAUCUAGUUGUGGAUGAUUUCUUGGAGCAAUAGAAGUAAAACACCAGUAAGAUACCUCAAUAUUUGGAAAAGAAAUCGUGACAUUUGGAAUAAACUUCUAACAUUUACCAGGAAAUGAAUUCACCCCAGUUGUUUUUAACCCUGUAGCACACAAUAAGCUUGGAAUUAUUAUGAUUAUCAUUAUAUUUGGUCGUUCUCCAUUUGCCUCUCUGCUGUAUGUGUGAUUUAUGAUGGAAGGAUUUUUCACACUGAUUAAAUACAUUUCAUUAAAAAAAAAAAAAAAAAAACCCUUUAUGUUCUGUUACUUGCUAGAGGAAUGUUACCCAUUAACAGGUCAUCUGAUGAACGUUUCUAGUAGAAACAGUAGGUACUGAUUUCCUAAGCGAGUUAGAAGAAGGUUCUUCCUCCUUGGGCUAUGAUUAUAACUGAAAAGCAUUCUGUCAAGUAAGCAAGCAAGUUCAAGAAGACAUGAAGAAAAUGUAUCAUGAAAUCAUGCAGAAACAUUUACUCUAUGUAGAUGUACAAAGGAGACAAAAGCCCUAUUCGGACGGGACUAGUUUUCAAAACGACGUUUGAGUUAGAAUUUUUUUUCAGCUGACUUUCUGUCUGUCGUUUCAUGUAUGGAUUCGGACGGGACUAACAUCUCUGUGUUUAUUACGGAGGUAGGAGUGUCUGUGUUUUACAUGUGGGCGUUGCACAAGACCACAUGUCCAGGAUGCGUGGAUUGCGUAUGGUCAUAUGACCGAUCAAUAAACUUGAAUACCGGUGCGCUAGGGUUAAUACGGUAGUUCACGUUGACCGAAACAGACAAGAAAACGCGUUUUGGUAAAAACAUUUUCAGCAAUCACAGACAUUCGCAUUCGGUCGGGAUUAGAUUUCUCAGAGAAGCGCCGAUUUUGCUGAAAAACAGUAGGUAAUUUGCGCUGGAAUUUUUACACAGGUCGUGUGAGAAAAAGACAGACAUGGCAGAUUCGGACGGGAUUAAAAUCACAAAGUACGUCUGUGAAACUGAAAUUUCUCUAACGACCCCCUGUAAAACUAGUCCCGUCCGAAUAGGGCUAAAGACGAAGAUUGUUUGAGAAAUGCUUCAGAAAACCGAGUCGGGCCGACUAACAAAACAAACAUGUAGCCAAUGAGCAGAAAGGGGCGGGUCUUGUCAAUAUGCGGCGGAGAGAGUGUUCAGUGCGCGUGUGUGACAUUAGCCGAAAGCGAUUGAAACAUUGACGUGGAGGAUUAAAAACAAAAAGCGCAAAAAGGAUUACGAUAAGGCAAGAAACAGGACCCGUGUUAAUAUAGGAUCAGCUUUAGAGCGCUGGAGAGAACUGAACAUCUUAGACGUGAAACGGAGCUAAACCUUUCACGGUACAACACACAGUACUACAAAAACACAUUUGUAUUACCAUAGUAUUACUCAUUGUGUUCAUUUAUUGAUAAAAAUAUCCCCUCGGUCAGCCACCCCAGUAGGUUCCGCCAUAAUAGUUGCCUGGGUUACGUAUGUACAGUAAGUGUGGGGCGGAGCUAAAACACGGGUGACACCCAUUUGGGUUAGGGGCGUGUUUUUUUAGGUGAUUUCAAACGUCCUGCACCGCACCAUUAAGAGAAAUUAAACCACCAUCCAUUAUAAAGGGCAGGACAUGAUCAGGACUGUGCGGGUCUUAGGAUGGGUAGAUGCUUGGUCCUGGUUCUGAGACAGAAGAUCAGAAUAUUGGUGUGUUGAUGUUGGAGGGAGUCAUGUUCCCUAUCUACAUACAUGAUCUAGAAACACAUCUGCAUCAGGUUCUUCUCCAGCUUGUUGUCCAGUUUGAGUGAUCCUCAGAUUCCUAAUUGUGACUGACAGGAGCGGAAUCUGACGAGGUCCUCUACCGUAGCGGUUUGCUCUAGCCUUCCUGUUUCGACUUGAACCGGUCUGGAUGUUUUUCCAUGACUUCGCUCAUAAACAAGGAUGAAUGCAGUGCAUUACAACAUGGUGUAAUAA